UGACGUCACUUCCGCACACGCUUUCGUUGUGUUUGCCUGACUUCCGCCAGUGCUGCCCGGUGUGCUGUGGGUGCAGACAGGAUGACAUCGCUGAGAGCCUUCAACUGUGACGAUCUCUUUCGGUUCAACAACAUAAAUUUGGAUCCUCUCACAGAAACUUAUGGGAUCCCUUUUUACUUACAGUAUCUGGCACACUGGCCAGAAUACUUCAUUGUUGCUGAGGCGCCUGGCGGUGAACUCAUGGGUUACAUAAUGGGGAAAGCUGAGGGCUCGGUGGCCAGAGAGGAGUGGCACGGGCACGUCACAGCACUCUCUGUAGCGCCUGAAUUUCGACGUCUCGGUUUGGCCGCUAAACUCAUGGAACUCCUUGAAGAAAUAUCUGAAAGGAAAGGAGGCUUCUUUGUAGACCUUUUUGUCCGAGUGUCCAAUCAGGUCGCCGUUAACAUGUACAAACAGCUGGGAUACAGUGUAUACAGGACAGUGAUCGAGUAUUAUUCAGCCAGCAAUGGGGAGCCGGAUGAGGACGCCUAUGACAUGAGAAAGGCACUUUCCAGAGACACAGAGAAAAAGUCCAUAAUCCCUCUGCCGCACCCUGUCAGACCAGAGGACAUUGAAUAACCUUAGCUGUGGUUCUUGGGCAAAGUUAUCAAGAUUAUAUUUGCAUAUUCUGUGUAUAUAUAUAUAUAUAGCACAAUGCUAAACUAGUCUGACUGCGUUCUUUUCAAACCGCAAAAAAAAAUUCUAUGGUAUGUCCCAAAAAUGCCUUCAUACCACCCUGCCACUACACCCUUUAUGUACAUACUUACUAUAAUGGUGCUUUCACACGGAAUGGAAAUGCUGUAGAUUUUUCAUACAGCAAAGCUCACAGCAUUUCUGCAAGGAGAUCCACCCCAAAUUGUGUAAAUGUGUCACUGCGGUUUUUAGUGUAGAUUAUGGACCUGUUUAAAAAAAAAAAAUAAACAUUUUUAAAUAAUAUAUAUUAUUCAUAUUUUUGUUAAUUAUCCAUAGGUGUGGAUUUUUAGUGGUUUCUCUGUAUUACACUUUUAAUAGACUUUACAGAAAUAUAGGCUCAGAUUUAUCAAACUGUGUGAGAGAAAAAGUGGAGUGAUAUUCUCACAGCAGCCAAUCACAGCUCAGCUAACGAGCUCUGGUAAAGUGAAAGCUGAGCUGUGAUUGGUUGCUGUGGAAAUCCUCUCCAUUUUUACUCUCACACAGUUUGAUACAUCUGGGCCAUAGUCCAUAGCCUACAACACAGACCUCUGGCCCAGACCUGUGUGAGAGAAAAAAAUAGAGAGAUUUUCCCACAGCAGCCAAUCACAGCUCAGGUUUCACUUUACCUCAGCUCGUUAGCUGACCUGUGAUUGGUUGCUGUGGAAAAAUCUCUCUAUAUAGUCUCACACAGUUUGCUAAAUCUGGGCCAGAGUACCUAAAUGGAUGAUAGAUCAACUAAUAAAAAGUAAUUAAUUACCAAUUUAAAGGAAAAAAAAAAAGGAGAAGCAGAAGAACUAGUAAGUUUUUCUUCAAAUAAAGACGAGUGGAAAGGGGAACUCUCCAUGUAAAUAACCAGCAGGAAAGGUAAUGAAGAAAAUAGAGGAAAUAAGGAAUGUGCGAAUAGGAGAAGAAAAUGUAGCGGAGGAAGGAACCCAACAAAAUAGACUACGUGUUGUCAGGGUUUCCUGAUAUUGGAUAAUAGUUGUUCUUCAUGUAUAAAGAUACUCUUAUUUUUGACCCCUAAAGGAGGGGUCAUCUUUAAAACGCAUUAGCCAACAUUUAUCAUAGUCUUUUUAGACUUUUUUUUUUUUUUGGGUGUCUACAAAAGGUGCAAGCAGGGUUUAUUUGCGCCUUUUUGUUUACACAUUUCUACUGAUUUUGAGUUGCAAUCCACUGAUUUUGGCGAAACACAUUAUAUGGAAGGGUUUUAUCAACUGCGCCUUUUUGUGAAAAGUGCUAAA